CCGGCUUGAGCAGAAAGAAGCAGCAGCAACAGCCAGGAGCUAGCCAAGGAGAUCGAAGGUAGCAUGGGUCGGUCAAGCGGAAGCCUCGCAGUCGCCAUGACGACGCUAGUAGCUUCGGUUCUCAUCCUCCAGCUUCUCCUUGCGCCCGCGCCCGUCUCGUCGUCGCCGGCCGUCCUGGUCCCACUCCUCAGAACGGCCGUCAUCCGCGCGUCCCCGCUCUUGAGGAACCUGGUCAAAGCUUUCUUGAAAGAGCAAGCGAAGCAGGGCGUGAUGGAGCUCAUGUGGAAGGCGGCGGGGCACCUCAAGAACCAGCUGCUGGGCGGCGUGCGAGCCGACGCCGCCGGCCUGGUCGUCUUCGACAUCUCCAUCGGGACGUCCCCCGCGCAGGUCAUCUCCGGGGUCAUGGACAUAACCUCCCAGCUAGUCUGGGCGCAGUGCGCGCCCUGCGACGCCUGCCGGGCGCCUGCCUUCCGGCCCGCCGACUCCGCGUCCUUCUCCAAGAUCCCCUGCGGCAGCCCGACGUGCCCGGGCGUGCUGGGCAACGCGACUGCCUGCGUCGGCGACGGCGACUGCGCGUACAACGCCACGUACUACGGCGCCGGCAACCAGUCCAACGCCUACACGCACGGCUCCUUCGCCACCGAGACGUUCACCUUCGGCGCGACGUCCGUCCCAGGCAUCGUGUUCGGCUGCGUGGCCAGCAGCACGGUGGAGCUCUCCGGCGGCGCGUCCGCGUUGUUCGGCUUCGGCAGGGGGAACAUCUCCCUCGUGUCGCAGCUCGGGCUCUCGAGGUUCUCCUACACUCUGGCGUCCGACGACGCGGACGGCUCCGAGAGCGUCAUCCGUUUGGGCGACGCCGCCGUGCCGCAGACUCAGGGCAGCCGCUCCACGCCGCUACUUAGAAGCGUCAUGCAACCUGACCUGUACUACGUCGGGCUCAGCAGCAUACAGGUCGACGGCCAUGACCUCGACGGCAUCCCGGCGGGGACGUUCGACCUCCAGGCGGACGGCUCCGGCGGGGUAUUCCUGAGCUCGACCUGGCCGGCGACCUACCUCGAGGAGACCGCGUACGGCGCCUUGAGGCGCGCGCUGGUGAGCAGCAUCGAGUCUCAGGGUGUGACUCCGGUGGACGCGGAGGACCUCCACCAGCUGUGCUACAGGAGGUGGUCCUUCUCCGACGUGACGGUGCCGGCGCUGACGCUGGUGUUCGAUGGCGUGAACGCGACGAUGGAGGUCAAGCCCGAGAACUACUUCUUCAAGGACGGGUUGAAAGUGUGCCUGACCGUACUGCCGUCCAAGGGUGGAUCGGUCCUCGGCAGCCUGCUGCAAACGGGCACCAACAUGAUCUUCGACAUUGCCGGUGGCCUGCUCACGUUCGAGACGCCCACGCCCUAGUAGCAUGCAUCAUAUAUACUACUUCGUUCAGUUAUGUAAUUAUUAUAUUGUCUAAAAAAAGUCAUGUAAUUAUUAAGACCCCUCAUAUGUUGGAUCACACUUCGUCCAUAAA